AUGAGUCCGGCGAAAGACCCCUGCUAUUUGUGGCGCAACCUCGGUAGCGGACCCAAGACACGCCGAUCUGUGGCGCAGCAUAUGCAAAGCUUACCUUACCAGCACUUGCCAGCCAAGCCAGCCAGCCCAGCAUACAGCCUUGACAGCCUGCGGGCGCGUCCCACGGGUUGUUUUAGGCUAGUCUCGCCCCAAGAACCAGGGAGCUCAUUCACGGGGGAUAGCUCUGCUAUCGUCACUGUGGCUGAACACUCCAGCACUCUGCAGGGCGUAUCGAGUCGUAUUGUGCCGUAUUACCUAGUCCUGGUCAGAUGGUUGCGGUUGACCCGGUAUCUUCACGGGCUCUGUGCCACCACUUCCCACAACACUACCCCCCGGCAGAAACAGACGGGCUCUCCUGAAAUCAUGGUGCUUCUCACAGUGACGACUUCCAUCGUGAAGGCUCUGGCGGAAUUGGAACCGCUGCGCAUUGACUUUCCCGGAUCUGGUGAUGAGAACAUAGCUGCCGACGCGCCCAGGCUGACGGAACCGACCGUUGGAAACCCGAUCACUCACGGGCAGAUUAUCGACAUCUGGAAACAGCUCAAAGCCAGAGAGAACCCGAAAUGGUCUUUGGAAGAGCUGCUAAAGGGGGCGGCAAUCUACGUUCCGCCUCCACCACCCAGGGCAGAACCGUCGGACGAAUACAAAGCGCUUAUGGCACGAUUGCGGAGAGAUGAAGAAGAGCGAUCAUACGAGCGCAUGCUAAAAGCUCCCCCGACCCGCGAGACUUUUGCUCAACGAUUCCCGCAGGCGUCCAUGAGCAUGGCGGACUCAUUUGCCGAAGCCAACAAGCCAUUCCAGAAAUCGGACAUGGGCGAAGAACAAAUAUCGCACGGAGAGGUACAAAAGCAGGUCACACUGAUCAUCAACUUCCUGGUCAGCAUCGCAGGGUGCGCCGCUGCCUUCUGGAUCGUGGCUCAGUGGUGGAGCACGACGGCAAGGUUGUUUCUCACGUUAUUCGGUACCAUCGUCGUCGCAGUAUGCGAGGUCGCCGUCUAUCAAGCAUACAGCUGGCGCAUGGAAGAAGGCGACAGGAAACAACGAAACAUGAAAGAAGUCAAGGAGGUCGUGAAGACUUGGGUCGUCGGCCAGGAUGAGAACACCAAGGAGGGUUAUGAGCCUGUGCUCAUACAGCCAAAGGACGACGACACGGGUACGGAUACCGGCUUGCGCAAGCGUGUGCCUGUGCAAACCUAAAUCGCAUCCCCGCACCCGAGCGAUAUCGAAUAUCAAUUGAAUUGUUGUACUCGUAUUUUUCCUACUCGUUACAUUGCUUCGUCACUGACUACAUGGAUGCUUGAUGCGUCGCCAAGCUUGGACGGUUGGUUUUUGGUUGAUAGGCAGUCCCUGGACCAGCCCACUUACCGCAUCGGGCUUUUCAUGUGGCAGCCCCACCAUCUCACAAGCGGCUAAUUAAGCUAAGAAGGUAGAGUUAACUUGAAAGCUUGACGCGUCUGUU